AUGGCCCUGGUGACCCUCCAGCGCUCCCCCACCCCCAGCGCCGCCUCUUCGGCCAGCACCGGCGAGUUGGAGGUUGGCAGUGAUGAAGAUCGCAAGUUAAACCUCAGUUUGAGUGAGAGCUUCUUCAUGGUGAAAGGAGCCGCUCUCUUUUUACAGCAAGGCAACAGUCCCCAAGGUCAUCGAGGCCUUCAGCAUCCUCACAAACCCGCAGGUGACCUGCCUCAGCAUCUUCAAGUAAUGAUCAAUCUUCUGCGCUGCGAGGACAGAAUCAAACUGGCAGUGCGUUUGGAAAGCGCCUGGGCAGACCGCGUCCGCUACAUGGUGGUGGUGUACAGCAGUGGACGGCAGGACACUGAAGAGAAUGUCUUGCUGGGAGUGGAUUUCUCCAGCAAGGAGUGUAAGAGCUGUACCAUCGGGAUGGUGCUGCGAUUGUGGAGCGACACAAAGAUUCAUCUUGAUGGAGAUGGUGGAUUCAGUGUGAGCACAGCAGGAAGAAUGCACAUUUUCAAGCCAGUGUCUGUCCAAGCCAUGUGGUCUGCCCUUCAGGUCCUGCACAAGGCUUGCGAGGUAGCCCGGAGGCACAACUACUUCCCCGGAGGGCUGGCGCUGAUCUGGGCCACCUACUACGAGAGCUGUGUUGGCUCCGACCAGAGCUGCAUCAACGAGUGGAACGCCAUGCCCGACCUCGAGUCCACGCGCCCCGACUCCCCCGCCCUCUUCGUCGACAAACCCACGGAAGGAGAGAGAACCGAACGCCUCAUCAAAGCCAAACUCCGCAGCAUCAUGAUGAGCCAGGACUUAGAGAAUGUGACUUCGAAAGAGAUCCGGAAUGAAUUGGAGAAGCAGAUGAAUUGCAAUUUAAAGGAAUUCAAAGAAUUCAUAGACAAUGAAAUGCUGCUUAUUCUGGGACAGAUGGACAAGCCCUCACUUAUCUUUGAUCACCUUUACCUGGGUUCUGAGUGGAACGCUUCUAACCUGGAGGAGCUGCAAGGUUCGGGUGUUGACUACAUCUUAAAUGUAACUAGGGAAAUAGAUAACUUUUUUCCCGGCUUGUUUGCGUAUCAUAAUAUCAGAGUCUACGACGAAGAGACCACAGAUCUCCUUGCCCACUGGAAUGAAGCGUAUCAUUUCAUCAAUAAGGCCAAGAAGAACCACUCCAAGUGCCUGGUGCAUUGCAAGAUGGGCGUCAGCCGGUCGGCGUCCACCGUGAUCGCCUACGCCAUGAAGGAGUUCGGCUGGCCCCUGGAGAGGGCCUACAGCCACGUCAAGGAGAAGCGCGGCAUCGCCAGGCCCAACGCGGGCUUCAUGCGGCAGCUUUCCGAGUACGAGGGCAUCCUGGACGCCAGCAAACAGCGUCACAACAAGCUGUGGCAGCAGCAGGCCCACAGCCACCUCCCCACAGCGGGCCGGUUCCACCCCUCCGGGCCCGGCGACUUUCUGCUGGACAGCCUGGACGUUGACCUGGAGAGCUCCCUGGUGGGCUUGGGGGACCCCCAGGCCCCCAGAGGACGCCCCUUUCCCCCCUGCUUCCGCCGCCUCUCUGACCCCGGCGCCUGCAAUGCGCUCUUCCAUCUGGACGACCUGGAGAGAGAUGCCCUCCUGGAGGAGGACGAGGAGGAGGAGGACGGGGCGGGACGGACCGCCUUGGUCUCAGAGCCCGCCGGUCCCCGGCUAGAGGACUCCGGCGAGGAGGAAGGGGAGAAGGGGGUCCCCACGGCCUUCGGAGAGGAGAUGGAGAGAGACGAGGUCCCCGGGCCGCUGGGAGAGGCUAGCCGCCCCAACCUGGAGAACCUGAACAACAACAACAGCAAGAGGAGCUGCCCCGAUGACUUUGAGAAUGACGCCAUAUUUGGGAUCCUGAGCAAAGUGAGGCCUUCCUACCAGUCCUGCGCCGACUGCAUGUACUCUUCGGCCCGGACGACCUCCGAGGCCUUCGGGGAACCGCGGGAGAGCUUCGGGGCUCCCGCCAUCUGUACCCAGCCACCCCUCCUGCCCCAUCUCCCCCCGGCCCCGCCGAGCCGGGACCUCGGCCUCCGGGGCCCGCGGACUCUGGCCCGCCUGAACGCGAGCCCCCCAUCCCCGGGACCUGAUCCCGGUCGCUGGGAACCUCCAGAGAGGAUCGAGGAGACGCCCAAGGGACCCCGGAGACUCCUGCCCAAGAUCCUGCCUCUGGAGAAGAACUCUCAGCCGGCCAAGGGCCCACCCGGCCUGGAAGCGGCCUGGGAGGAGCCGCCGCCCCCCAAGAAGGAUGUCAGACUGCCCAGAGACCCCCGGGUCCAGCUCUUCAGUCAGGAGCUGGCCAAGUCCAACUCCACCAGUUACCUGAUGCAGCACCAGGAGUCCCUCAUCCAGCUGCAGAAGGCAGGCCUCGUGCGCAAGCAUACCAAAGAGCUGGAGCGCCUCAAAGGGACGCCGGCCGAGGCCGCGGCCCCCAGCGUGCCGGACCAGGGUUGCCCCUGGCCCCCGGGACUGGCCGGCACCCCCCCGCAGGACGGGUCGCCUCAGAAACUCAACGCCCCGGCACGGGCAGAUCUCUCGGGCAGCUUGACGAGAGACUUCCUGAAGACCAUCUGCUCCACUCCGCCCUCCUCCUCCCGCAGCUCCAACCUGACCCGGAGCUCCAGCAGCGACAGCAUCCACAGCGUGCAUGGGAAGCCGGGUCUGGUGAAGCAACGGACCCAGGAGAUCGAGACCCGCCUGCGGCUGGCCGGCCUGACGGUCUCCUCCCCGCUGAAGCGUUCCCACUCCCUGGCCAAGCUCGGGAGCCUCGACUUCUCCUCGGAGGACCUGGCCGGGGAAGCCGACGCGGCCGGCGGCCGGCGGGGCGAACCUUCCCUGUUGCCCGAGCCGCGACCCCUGGUCGGCCCGGCCUCGGGUCCGGUAAGCCCCCUGGGGAACCUCGAGAGCGCCCCGUGGCCCGGAAAGAGUUGACCCACAUUUUCGUCUUCCUGGGCGUCACGGUUUUGCCCAUCUCUCCCUCCCUUCCCUCUCCUCCUCUCCCAUUCGCUUUGCACCCUUAUCGG